UUAUAUGGAUCACCUUGUACCUGGGUUCCCUUCGAUUCCAGUAUUGACAGCUGGGAGCAGCAAACUUCAGUCUGGAAAUAACAUUCCUGCUUCCACAGCUUCUUCUGCUGCUGUUCCUUCCUCCUUUUUCUCCUGGCUGGCCCCUGCCAGUAGCCCAUCAGCCAAAGAUCUUCGUCUCUGCUAUGCACAAUGUCUGGUUCAGUGGAUGACGUGCCUUGCAUGAACUUUGAAGCCAACAUAUUUGCAAAGAGCCUGUGCCAGCACUGUUUCCGAGCUGCAGGGGCUCACCAGCAUGCUGUCCAGGAUCAUGCCACGGAGGUCACAGGGCACAAUGCCUGCAGCGACACAGCCCCAGGAGAGCCCUGGGACUCCCUCCAUAUUUUAGCCCCACAGUGCGAGGUAUACGUGUGUGUGGGCCCGGCGGAGGGCACAGAGCGCUGGCACGAGAGCAGGCGAUAUCCCCCACUCAGCCCCGGAGCUGAGGGUGAGCACAGAGAAACUGGCACCGACCCCAGCGCCUGUGCUGAAGCCAACUCCACGCUUGCCAGGGAAGGGGAAAUGACCCGGUUGUGGGACAACACUUUGGGAUCGGGCAAACGGGACAUGAUGAGCUACUUGGGCCAUAAGGAGGAGAUGCGGUCACGAGUCCCACAGGCAGACAGACCCAGGUGGGCUCAGCCUGUUUCCUCUGGAUCCUGGGUGAGAACUGAAGCCCAGGGCUUUAGGAAAGAAAUCUGUCCACUGAAAGCAGGUACUCUUGGUUUGCUCCUGUGUGAGAUCCUGGUUCUGGUGUGCUUUCCACCCAGGGGUCUCUGA